UGUGGUGACGCAGAAACGAGGAAACAUUUCGCGAAAUAUUACGGGAAGCGCCACCCUUUAGGCUACGUAUGAAAAAAGUGCCGAAUAAAAACCGAUUUUUAAAGCUGGAAACGCCAUUUUACGAAAACAUAACUGACAUCUGAGGUCGAUUUGUUAAAGUGGACAAAAUGGCAGUAGUUAACGGGUGUUUCAAAGGAGUGUUCAUUUUCUUCAACGUCUUAUUUGGGAUCGCGGGAGUCCUCAUUUUGGGGCUUGGGAUUUUUGGACAUGCCUUCUAUCAUCCAUCGGAAGGGUUGGAGCAUAAGAUGUCUGGCGUUCUGUUCCUGUAUUUGAUUGGAGGACCCACCUUGGCGUUAUCGAUCUUGGGGAUAUAUGGUGCAUAUAAAGAGAAGAAAUGGGCACUGAUUGUGUUUUUCACAGGGAUGGUACUGGGGAGCAUUGGCCUUCUGCUUAUAUCAAUCACUGUGUCUGUUGGAAUGCCAAUGGCCAUUCAAGGUAUAGAAAAGGUCUUGUAUGAUUCUAUACCACUGGAUGAAGCUCGCUCAGAUAUCCAAAUGAUGUUCAACAAGUUGCAGCCUGAGUUGAAAUGCUGUGGAGCUUUUAAUGGGUACCAGGACUGGGGGAAACACGUGCCUGAUUCCUGCCUCUGCUCCUCAGAUGCAGACAGAUGUGAAAAAAUUAAUGGUUCACAGUCGGCUUUGGAUAAUGACCCAGGCGUAUUUGUCGAUGUCUCCAAGAAUCUGGUGUAUAAGGAGCCCUGUGGACCCAUCGUGAUCAGUUACAUGCAAACCGCAUUCAACACGAUUCUGGGCAUAUGCAUUGGCUUCGCCGUCCUGGCGUUCAUUGGAAUGGUGAUUUCCAUGACAAUGAUCUGUCAGAUCAGAAGACGGAGUUCUCCAGUGACCUUCAGGAUGGACCCCAGCCCACCAUACACCGUGCUCCACAACGCCAUGGAAGCCUAACUGCCUUUCUCACUUUUCUUUUCCAUGGAACUUUGGAAAUGAAAACAUUUCUUUGCCUGGAAAAUGGUUUGUUUAGCUUUUAGGCUGUUGGUGUUUAGGUGAUUGGUCACAAAAAAUAUACUUCUGAGUCAUGGAUUUUCAAAAGAAAUAUUGCACAUUCCUUAAUUUGUUCACUUUGACUACUUGACUAAGGCAAGGUAGCUACUAAUAAUUAGAUGAAGGUCAACUGGCAGUCUAGAUUGUUACAGGCAUAUUAUGUUGCCUUGGAAUUAUUAGAAAAAGACAAGGUAGAUAAUUGUUUGAAAUGCACCUACAUUCAUUUGAAUGAAAAUCACCAGUCUCAGUUUCACCAAUAAUAUUGGUGUGUGUCACCCAAUGACAAUACACCUUUAUUUUAAUUUAACUGCAAUGGUAACAAAUCGAGUGAUGAGUGAACAGUUAGCUCAUAAGUUAGCCAAGUAUGCAGUGCACUCUAGUUUUUGCAACUGAAAUCAAGAGAACAUGGCAGUUCCUCAGCUGUUCUCUGAGCACUAGAGCUGAUUGCUCUGUUUUCUUCCAAAAUCAGAGUCAGCCAUUCAUUUGUAUCACUGGAAGCCUUUUAUGAAAAAAAAAAAAAAAUUACAGGUAUAUAUUUGUCUGAACAUUGGAUUUCCAUGGCUGUUGUCCUGCCAUUAGUUCAGACAUACAAUAUACUGAUGUAAUUUAGCUGCGUUUGCUGCUCUUAGUUUCCUUUAAUUAGUAGAAACACAAAUACAAAAGUAACCAAGGGAGACAAUAACAGCGAAAUUGCAUUUACUCAAUUCCUGCAUUCUCUUAAAUAAUAUAUAUGUAUAUAGAUAAUUAUAUUUGGCUGUUGACUCAAAGGGAAAGUUUGACUGAAUCCUCACCAGCCUGCCAGUGGUGAGGGCACAGAUUUGUGUGUUAGCCUUGUGAUUGCUGAGUUUGGGCACGGUACCUGUGGAAACAUCCUGUCUGUUUUGACUUUUGUCCACUUUUGUAAUCUCUUGUUAUGGGGUUGAAUACGACAUAUGGUCUGUAACAAUGGGGGAAGGAUAAACCAUCUGGUCAAAUGCAAUUUUACACUUUUCACCUUUGGAGAGAGUAUUUAAAAGAAUUUAUAUUUGAGGUGUAAUACAGGAGAGCUUAAUUUUUUAUAAAAUUUUUAUUUUUUGUGCUGAACUGAAACUGUGCAGGGUUAAUACAUAUUUUUACAGCAGUAAAUUGUAAUAAAGAGAUCUGAAAUAA